UCGAGUGACCCUACGGUGCGGCUUCUGAAGCCGCAGUGGUUACGGGAAUGCUUGUCGUCGUGCUGGGGGAGGGCGAUACCCAAACUUCAGGCUGGGAAUUGACCGAUGCUGCUGCUUUCCUGGGACGGACAGAAACUGGGAGAAGGAUUGAAGUUUCCGUAUUGGGAGGCAAGAUAUCCUGUCCUUCCCAUUUGGAAGCUUGUGAAAUUUUGCUUUAUCCUUGGAGUUCAGAAUUUUCACCAGGAUGAAUGAUGGGAAUGUUUAUGCAAAUUGAGGCUCUCCUAUUGGUUACUACGCUCUUCCCUGGAUUGUUCACACAGACCUACCAAGAGAAUCCAGUAUCCAUGGCUGUGGAAAGUUCAAGUAUUGAUUUUUCAGCUCAAAAAAAGCUAGAGAGUGCUGGAGGAGACCUUAAGGAUGGCUGCCACCAUGAAGGAGCCGUUGUCAUUCUGGAUGCUGGUGCUCAGUACGGGAAAGUCAUAGACCGAAGAGUGAGGGAACUAUUCGUGCAGUCUGAAAUCUUCCCCUUGGAAACACCAGCAUUUGCCAUAAAAGAACAAGGAUUCCGUGCUAUUAUCAUCUCUGGAGGGCCCAAUUCUGUGUAUGCAGAAGAUGCUCCCUGGUUUGAUCCAGCAAUAUUCACUCUUGGCAAGCCUGUUCUUGGAAUUUGCUAUGGCAUGCAGAUGAUGAAUAAGGUAUUUGGAGGUACUGUACACAAAAAAAGUGUUAGAGAAGAUGGAGUCUUCAACAUUAGUGUGGAUAAUACAUGCUCUUUAUUCAGGGGCCUUCAGAAGGAAGAAAUUGUUUUGCUUACACAUGGAGAUAGUGUAGACAAAGUAGCUGAUGGAUUCAAGGUUGUGGCGCGUUCUGGGAACAUUGUAGCAGGUAUCGCAAAUGAAUCUAAAAAAUUAUAUGGAGUACAAUUCCACCCUGAAGUUGGCCUUACAGAAAAUGGGAAAAUAAUACUGAAGAAUUUCCUUUAUGAUAUAGCUGGGUGCAGUGGGAACUUUACUGUGCAGAACAGAGAACUUGAAUGCAUUAGAGAGAUCAAAGAGAGAGUAGGCACGUCAAAAGUUUUGGUUUUACUCAGUGGUGGAGUGGACUCAACAGUUUGUACAGCUUUGCUAAAUCGUGCUUUGAACCAAGAUCAAGUCAUUGCUGUGCACAUUGAUAAUGGCUUUAUGAGAAAACGAGAAAGCCAGUCUGUUGAAGAGGCCCUCAAAAAGCUUGGAAUUCAGGUCAAAGUGAUAAAUGCUGCUCAUUCUUUCUACAAUGGAACAACAACUCUACCAAUAUCAGAUGAAGACAGGACCCCACGAAAAAGAAUUAGCAAGACAUUAAAUAUGACUACAAGUCCUGAGGAGAAAAGAAAAAUCAUUGGGGAUACUUUUGUUAAGAUUGCUAAUGAAGUAAUUGGAGAAAUGAACCUGAAACCAGAGGAGGUUUUCCUUGCCCAAGGUACUUUACGGCCUGAUCUAAUUGAAAGUGCAUCUCUUGUUGCAAGUGGCAAAGCUGAACUCAUCAAAACCCAUCACAAUGACACAGAACUUAUCAGAAAGUUGAGAGAAGAGGGAAAAGUAAUAGAACCUCUGAAAGAUUUUCAUAAAGAUGAAGUGAGAAUUUUAGGCAGAGAACUUGGACUUCCAGAAGAGUUAGUUUCCAGGCAUCCAUUUCCAGGUCCUGGCCUGGCAAUCAGAGUAAUAUGUGCUGAAGAACCUUAUAUUUGUAAGGACUUCCCUGAAACCAACAAUAUUUUGAAAAUAGUAGCUGAUUUUUCUGCAAGUGUUAAAAAGCCACAUACACUAUUACAAAGAGUCAAAGCCUGCACGACGGAAGAGGAUCAGGAGAAGCUGAUGCACAUUACAAGUCUGCAUUCACUGAAUGCCUUCUUGCUGCCAAUUAAAACCGUAGGUGUGCAGGGUGACUGUCGUUCCUACAGUUAUGUUUGUGGAAUCUCCAGUAAAGAUGAUCCUGACUGGGAAUCUCUUAUUUUCCUGGCUAGGCUUAUACCUCGUAUGUGUCACAACAUUAACAGAGUUGUCUAUAUAUUUGGUCCACCAGUAAAAGAACCUCCUACAGAUGUUACUCCCACUUUCCUGACAACAGGCGUGCUCAGUACUUUACGCCAAGCUGAUUUUGAGGCCCAUAACAUUCUCAGGGAGUCUGGAUAUGCUGGGAAAAUCAGCCAGAUGCCAGUGAUUUUGACACCAUUACAUUUUGAUCGGGACCCACUUCAGAAGCAGCCUUCAUGCCAGAGAUCUGUGGUUAUUCGAACCUUUAUUACUAGUGAUUUCAUGACGGGUAUACCUGCAACACCUGGCAAUGAGGUCCCAGUAGAGGUGGUGUUAAAGAUGGUCACUGAGAUUAAGAAGAUUCCUGGCAUUUCUCGAAUUAUGUAUGACUUAACAUCAAAGCCCCCAGGAACUACUGAGUGGGAGUAAUAAACUUCUUAUUCUGUUAAAGUACUGUGUGCAGUUUAAAUUGAUUAGAAAUCAUUCCCAAUAUUGACAUGCAGUACUGUGAAGAGUUAGUGAAGCAGCUACAUCACACCUGAGUUCUCCACAACAAAAAUCUAUAGCUUUAAGAGCUGAACUGGGAUAACUAAAAGGCACUGCAGAGUUGUACGGGUCAAUAAUCAAAGCACCAUUGUCUACACUUAGAUUGAUACUGCUUUGACCUUUGCCUCACUUGUUCUUUAAUUAUAAACUCACCAUUGCUAUCAA